AUUGCUGGGUUUCCCGCCACAAGAUUUUUCUACUCUUUUUCAUUCCCUGUUAUUUUCUCAGCAGCCAAACAGAUACUAAACUGAAGACUCCGAUCAACUGGUCCAAAUCAUCGGCGGCUGCUUUCUACAGUCUACUCCAACCGCUCUGUUUCGUCAAGCGUCAGGAUGAGUAAUGCUGAUGAAGAUUUAUCUCAGUUUGAUAUAUCUAAGCAGGAGAUAGACAAGCUUGUUGCGGAAGUAAUUCGCUAUAUACUUUUUAGAACUAACCAAAAUUCUGGGUGCCCAAUUAAGAGGGAGGAACUCACACAACUGGUUACUAAGAACUAUAACCAGUAUAAUCUUCCAUCGUAUGUGAUCAAUGCAGCUAAAGAAAAGCUUUCAAGCAUUUUUGGUUAUGAAUUGAGGGAACUUCACAGAUCACGGCCUUUGUCAAAAAAACAUGGGCGUUCCACACAAGUUAUGGUUGAUUCCAAGUCCUAUGUUAUCAUAAGCCAGCUGCCUGCUGAUAUAUACAAGAAAUAUGUUGAGGAUGUGACUUCAUCACAUCUUACUGGUUUUGCUUUUGUUGCAAUUAGUAUUGUGCACCUUGCAGGAGGCAAACUUCCAGAAGAAAAUCUGUGGCAUCAUUUGAAGCGUAUGGGCUUGUCUGAAGCCGAAGAAAACCAUCCAGUCCUUGGAAAUGUCAAGCAGGCUUUGGAGACACUUGUCCAGCAAAGAUAUUUGCAGAAGGAGAAGGUUACUGGUCCUGAAGGGAAUACCGUGUUUUAUGAGCUAGCUGAGAGAGCACUAGAUGGACCAGUAAGUGAGAGAAUUAAGCAAUACAUAUCACAGAUUGUGAAGAGGGAUACAGCCACUGUGGAUAUUUAGUACCGUAUUACUUCUAGUUCUCACUGAAUCAAUAUGGUGAUAUAGUUCUAUAUAUAGGGAAGUUUCUGGUUCGACUAAGGCUACAUCUGACACUGCUGAUCCCAGUUUUUGUUUCACUGCGCUUACUUUUGUGGUCACGUUUUUAUCAAAAAUGUUUUAAUUUAAUCAGGACGCCUGCAUUUCAGCAGCUGCUCCUGGAAAGUUGGAAUGGUUAGUGCUUAGUUUAUACUCUAUGAUGCUUUGAAUCCAUUGAAUGGUUACCAUCUGACCAAUUACAAUUAGGUACUGGCUAUUUUAGUAUUUGAAAUCUAUCAUACCGUGAAUUGGAACAUAUGUCAUGCACAUGUAGGUUAGGU